UAUCUGUAGAGUUCAGUUUGAAAAAGUAAGGAGACUGCUAUAAAUUGUGUUUGCGACUCUAACUAUUCAAAUUUUUGUGGCCAAAUUCAAUUUCAAAUUUUGUUUGAACUACACAAUUAUGAAUUUUUCAAAUAGGGGUAUAACAGUUUUGUAUAUUUUCAUACUUAAUUCUGUUUUAAAUGCUAUACCAGCAAAUGGACAAAAUUUGUUUCAAUCUUUCGUAGAUACUGUAGCUUCAAGUUUUACAUCAUCCAGUGAAAAUGAUAUUACUGUGCCUGUAGAUCAAUUUGAUAACAACACUAUCGUUGAUAAUGGUCAAGGUUGCUUUUGCACGCCAUUUAAUUUAUGUAAGACAUACGAAUCUGAUCCUGAUGGCUUUUCAAGUAUUGAUAUCAGGAUAAAUAUUGGACCUUGUCACAGUUAUUUAGAUGUAUGUUGUAACGAUACAAAUCUUUUAGACAUCUCAACUCCUAAUUCAGUAGAAGAGAGUUUUUCGGUUGUACCCCAUAAUUCUUUACCGAAACAAGAAAUUACCUCUGUAAGUACUUGUAAUUCUGAAACCACGUCAAAUUUUGAGCCAUCAACUAUACACUCUAACGAAUACCAACCAACAAGUGUUGAACCUGAAUCACAUACAAGUACAUCAGAUUAUAGAGACACAACUUCUAAUGAAGAAAAUAAAGUAUCAAUUGGCUAUGUUUCCACAAUUAUUCCUGAACCAGAACCUGCUAAAAAGCUUGAAUGUGGUAGUUGGAAUAAAGCUGGAGUAGGUUUUAGAAUUGUUAAUGCGAUAAAUGGUGAGUCCAAUUUUGGCGAAUUUCCAUCAAUGAUUGCAAUUCUUGAAGAAGUUAUACCUCAAUCAGGGGAUGCAAAAAGAUUAUAUAAAUGUGGCGGAUCUUUAAUAAAGCCAAAUGUUGUUUUGACAGCCGCUCAUUGCGUAAUAAAAAAAGAUCCUUCGAAUUUAGUGGUAAGAGCAGGCGAAUGGGAUUUACAAACAGAAAAAGAACUUCUUGACCACCAAGACCGCCGAGUAUCUAAAAUCGUUAUUCACGAAAAGUACUAUGCGGGAGGACUUCAUUUUGAUGUAGCUUUAUUAUUUAUAGAAGAACCUUUUCAUCUACAAGAUAACAUUCAAACCAUAUGCUUACCAGAGCAAGAUCAAAAGUUUGAUUUUUCACUGUGUUAUUCUAGUGGAUGGGGUAAAGAGGUCAUAUAUAAUAACUAUAUAAUCACUAAAAACACACCAGAAGGUGUAAAAAGUGAACUUGGACAUUAUCAAGUCAGUAUACUUAAAAAAGUUGAACUCCCUAUUAUACCAAGAGAUACUUGUGAGAGUACCUUAAGACAAUCCAGACUUGGUCCAAGAUUUAUGCUCCAUCAAAGUUUUAUUUGUGCAGGAGGUGAAGAAGGAAAAGACACCUGCAAAGGCGAUGGAGGUAGUCCAUUAAUGUGUCCAUUGGAUUCUGAUUCAAAUUAUUUGGUUCAAGUAGGAAUCGUUGCUUGGGGAAUAGGAUGCGGUAACAAACUACCAGGAGUUUAUGUAGAUGUAGCUUACUUCAGAAAUUGGAUAGAUAAUAAAAUAAUUGUAUCUGCAGGAAAAGUAUUAAAAUUUUAUGGCACAAGAUUGAGAAACAUGAAAUCUUUCGUUUUUGCAUUUUAUUUUAUUCUAUUUAUAAACGCGUAUGAAUUUCAAAAAUCUGCUCGAGAAUAUUUAACACCACUGCUUCCUUUAGAUGAUGGUCAUAAAUUUCCAUCAAUCAUAUUAAACCCAGCAUCAUCACGAAUUAAAAACGAUUGUGUUUGUACUCCUUUUCAUUUAUGUAAAACAUUUGUUUUAUCAACGACUCCAUUUGACGUUACGGAUGCAGAUGGAAAAUAUCAAACAAAACCAAAGAAAUGUUUGAAAUCAUUAGAAAUUUGCUGUGACGAUACUAUUUUAAUCGGUGAAAAUAAACAGAUGAAACAAUCCUAUGAAACUAGUACAACUUACGAUCCAUUUGACUUAUCGGAUCAAUCAACCAAAAAGUGGAAUCACAAUAUACACUCUACUGAAAUUUACUCGGAGAAAAAAUAUGAAAAUUCGAACAAAGAAGAAUUUGAUUUCAAAAAAGAGCAUGAUACACAUUAUAAAUCAAAAAAAUGUGGUAUAUGGAAUGAAUAUGGAUUUGGAAUAGGAUUAGGUGGUGCUACUGAUUAUACAGCAAGAUAUGGCGAAUUUCCAUCUACUAUUGUUAUUUAUGUAGAAGAAAUACUUCAAAAUUGGAAGAAGUCGUUAAAAUAUCAAUGUGGAGGAUCACUAAUAAAAGAAAACGUCAUUUUGACAGCAGCUCAUUGCAUUAUCAAUAAAGAUUUACAAAGUAUUCUUGUACGAGCUGGAGAUUGGGAUCUAAAUACAGAAAAAGAAUUGUACUUGCAUCAAGAUCGACACAUUUCUAAAGUUGUUAUUCAUCACAAAUACUACUCAGGAGGAUUACAUAAUGAUAUAGCUUUAAUAUUUACUGAUGAACCUUUUACUUUACAAGAAAAUGUUCAAAUUAUGUGUUUACCCAAACAAGAUCAAAUAUUUGAUUAUAUUAGGUGCUAUUCAAGUGGAUGGGGAGAAACAGAUAAACGUAAGAUAAGUAAAAUGAAAAAAAUUGAAGUACCAAUUGUUCCGAGAGAUUUAUGUGAAGAUCGACUAAGGCAAACUAGAUUAGGAUAUAAAUUCAAUUUGCACGAAAGUUUCAUUUGUGCUGGAGGCGAAGGAGAACAAGAUACAUGUAAAGGUGAUGGUGGAAGUCCAUUAAUGUGUCCAAGUGAAACUGGUACAAAAUCGUUAAUACAGGCUGGAAUAGUCUCUUGGGGAAUAGGAUGUGGAAUAAAAAAUAUACCAGCAGCAUAUGUUAAUGUAGCUAAUUUUAGAAAUUGGAUAGAUGGAGAAAUAGAAACAUAGAAUACUUAUUUAUUUCUCAAAUAUAAUUCUAAAAUGUU